AUGAAUAAAAAAUUUAUCAUUUUGAGCAUUAUCAUGCUCAUGCCUCUCUGUUUGACUCAAGAUAUAAGUGUAGAAUAACUUCUUGCUCAUAAUAAAUGGUCAAGCUAAAAUCAAAGAGUCUAUCUGAAUGAUGAUGAAAAACUAUAUAGACAAACAGUUUUCUUUGACAAUUUAUAAAAAAUUAAGGAGCAUAACAGUAACCCUAAUAAGACCUAUUCUGUUCGUUUAAACUAAUUCUCAGAUAUGACUAGAGAAGAAUUUGUUGAAAAAAUUCUUAUGAAAUAGGAUUUGAUUGACAAUUAUAUGAAAGGAAAUGGUUAAUAUAAUAAUGCUAAUAACGAAUCUUAAAUGAAUUCAUAAAACCAUACUUUAGCUGCUUCUAUAGACUGGAGAAAAAAAGGUGCUGUAACAUCGGUUAAGAAUUAAGGUGGCUGUGGUUCAUGCUGGGCUUUCUCUGCAGCUGGAUUAAUGGAGUCAUUUAACUUCAUUUAAAACAAAACUUUAAUUGAUCUUUCUGAGUAAUAACUUGUUGAUUGUGUGAUCCCUGCCAAUGGUUACCCCUCUCGUGGAUGUGAUGGAGGAUGGCCUGCUAAUUGUCUGGAUUAUGCCUCCAAAGUAGGUAUCACUACAUUUGAUAAGUAUCCCUAUUAUUCACAUUAGUACAAUUGCACUGUAAAUGUAAAAGACACAAACAAUGGAUUUAAACUUAAAAAGUGGAUUGUAAUUCCUAACACUUCAAAUGACUUAAAAAGUGCUUUGAAUUUUUCUCCUGUUUCUGUUCGUAUUGAUGCUUCCUCUUGGGGUAAUUAUGAUUCUGGAAUUUUCAACGGAUGUAAUUAAUCUCAAAUUAGUCUUAAUCAUGCUGUAUUAGCUAUUGGCUAUGACGAAAAAGAUAACUGGAUAGUUAAAAAUUCUUGGGGCCCUGCUUGGGGUGAAAAUGGAUAUAUGAGACUUGCUCCUAACAACACAUGCGGUAUCUUAAGCUCUAAUGUAUAAAUUACUGCUUGA